AUGGGGAUCAGGGAAUUGGAAUUGGGAUUGUGUUUUCCCGUGACAUUCCCGGUGUUUCUGGAUGGGAUUUUUGGGAUAUUCCUGGUGUGUUUUCCUGGGACAUUCCCGGUGUUUCUGGACAGGUUUUUAGGGAUAUUCCCGGUGUUUUCCCGGGACAUUCCCGGUGUUUUCCCGCAGAUCCUGGAGCUGGCCCGGCAGCGGGGGAAGCGGGUGAAGGUGGUGGGGGGGGGUCACUCCCCCUCGGACAUCGCCUGCUCCGAGGAUUUCAUGAUCCACAUGGGAAAAAUCAACCGGAUCCUGCAGGUGGACAAGGAGAAGCUGCAGGUGAAGGUGGAAGCGGGAAUUCUCCUCUCGGAGCUGAACCCGGAGCUGGAGAAACUCGGGAUGGCCCUGGAAAAGGUCCUGGAUGAGCUGGACGAGCACCUGAGGAAAUCCCAAUAUUUCCGAUUCCUGUGGUUCCCGCAUUCCGAGAACGUCCGGAUCAUCUACCAGGACCCCACCUCCAAGCCUCCCUGCUCCUCCUCCAGCUGGUUUUGGGAUUACGCCGUUGGAUAUUAUCUCCUGGAAUUCCUCCUCUGGAUCAGCUCCUUUUUUCCCGGCCUGGUGGUUUGGAUCAACCGCGUCUUCUUCCGGCUCCUCUUCAAUUCCCGGGUGGAAAACGUCGCCCAGAGCCACCGGAUCUUCUCAUUCCCAAGGAAAUUCCUGAUCCCGGUCCAGGAUUGGGCCAUUCCCAGCGAGAAAACCAAGGAAGCGCUGCUGGAGCUGCAGGCGGCGCUGGAGCGGAAUCCCGGCGUGGUGGCGCACUUCCCGGUGGAAAUCCGCUUUUCCCGGCGGGAUGAGAUCCUGCUGAGCCCCUGCUUCCGGCGGGACAGCUGCUACAUCAACAUCAUCAUGUACAGACUGCAGGCCCACAGCUGCACCCGGAAGGAUUUGGAGCGGAUGUAUCCGGAAUUCCCGAAAUUCUGCGCCAUCCGGGAGAAGCUGGAUCCCACGGGAAUGUUCCUCAACUCCUACCUGGAAAAAGUCUUCUUCUGAAAACUGGG